AUGGGUUUGCACCCGUUGGAGUUCAGUGAGUCUUACCUGGACAGUCCUGCCUUCAGGGAGAAGAUCAAAGCUCAUGAAGCAGAGCUGGACAAAACCGGCAGGUUUAUCAAAGAGCUUUAUAAAGAUGGGAAGAAUCUCAUCAAUGCCACAAAACAGCUUUCAAUGGCCCAGAAGAAGUUUGCUCAGUGCCUGGGUGAAUUCAAAUUCGAGUACAUCGGCGAUGCUAAAACUGACGAUGAGAAGUGCAUUGAUGAAUCAUUGCAAGAAUUCUCCUCCUUUCUCAGAAACUUGGAAGACCAAAGAGAUCUCAUGACGAGAAACAUCACAGAGACACUGAUGAAGCCUUUAGAAAAAUUUCGGAAAGAGCAUCUCGGCUCAGCAAAGGAAGAGAGGAAGAGGUACGAGAAGGAAACAGAGAAGUACUACAGCUCACUAGAGAAACUUUUGAACAUCUCAGCAAAGAAGAAAGAGCCACAAUUACAGGAGGCGGACAUGUCGGUGGAAGUGACGAGACAGCACUUUCAGGAGUCGUCUCUGGAGUACGUUUGCAAGCUGCAGGAGAUACAGGAGAGGAAAAAGUUUGAGUGUGUCGAGCCUAUGCUGGCGUUCUUUCAGACUGUAUUUACUUUCUAUCAUCAGGGAUACGAGUUGGCCAAAGACUUUGACCAUUAUAAAAAGGCCCUUCAAAUCAAUAUUCAGAAUACACGGAGUCGUUUUGAGGGCGCGCGCUCUGAGGUGUACGAGUUAAUGAAGAGAAUCAAAGAGUCGCCACAGGAAUACAGACAGACCAGCCCCAUCAGCAGUGAGGGCUAUCUUUACGUACAGGAGAAAAGACCUCCUCCUUUCGGAUCCAGCUGGGUGAAACGCUAUUGCACGUUUGUCAAAGAACAGAAAAUUCUACACAUGAAGACAUUUGACCAGAGAUCAGGCGGAAAGCUUGGUGAGACCGAAUCUGUUACAAUCAAGUCUUGUGUUCGCAAAACCACAGACACUCUUGACCGGAGGUUCUGCCUAGACAUAGAGAUCACAGAUCGACCAUUCACAGUGCUGACGGUCCAGGCACUCUCAGAAGAUGACUACAGAUUCUGGAUGCACGCGAUGGGAGGAAAGGAGUCGAUGCAGUAUCUCAACCGGACACAUUCAAGAGAAAGAGGAAUUGAUGCCCAGUUGGAUGAUGUGGGGAUAAGCUUUGUGAAAAAUUCAAUAAACGCCAUUGAAACCAGAGGUAUUAAUGAUCAGGGUCUGUACAGAGUGGUCGGGGUCAAUUCGAAAGUACAGAAGCUCCUCAGUUUGAUGAUUGAUGAGAAGAGCAAUGAAAUAGAUCUAGCAGCCAGUGAGGACUGGGAUGUCAAAACCAUCACCAGUGCUUUAAAACUUUACCUGAGGAGCCUUCCAGAGCCACUAAUGACAUACAAGCUUUAUAAGGAGUUCAUCAUCCCUGCAAAGAGUGCAACUCCAGAAUCUAGAGUUCAGGCCAUUCACUGUCUGGUUCAUAAACUGCCAGAGAGGAACAGAUUAGUGCUCAGUCUGAUUACCAAGCAUCUUGCCAAUGUUGCUGCCCACAGCAAACAGAACCUGAUGACAGUGGCGAACCUUGGCGUAGUGUUUGGCCCCACACUCAUGAGGCCGCAGGAAGAUACGGUGGCAGCCAUUAUGGACCUAAAGUUCCAGAACAUUGUGGUGGAGAUUCUCAUAGAACAGCAUGAAAAGAUAUUCGGGCAUGCUCCGAGCAGCUCUCCAUCUUUAGAAACUACACACCUCUUCGCUUCAACCAGACAGUCCAAGAGGCUCAGCCGGCAGAACCGGCCGCUGGCUGUAUACAACCCGCAGGUGCUGGAUAUUCAAACAGUCUCUCCAUCCUCUGAAAGUCCAGCCCUGGUUAAUGAUGAGACAUCAGUGGGCAGCAGUGAGUCGGUCUCCUCCCAGUCAUCGAACGCCUCUGGAACGCCCCCUGAGAAAUCUAAAAAUCAUCACCCCACCAUUAGCACAUCCCUGCCAGAGAGCACUGGGAUAUGUACUGCCACAGCUUCAUGGAUGAAUUCUGCCUCAAUUACACCGGAGAAACCUGGAUCUGCAGGAACUGAGAAGAAUAAACCUGAGGAAAGUGUCACCCUCAUGAAAGCAAAGGCUGUGUACCCCUGUGAGGCUGAACACGAUUCCGAACUCUCUUUCCAGGUUGGCGCAAUCUUCCAUGACGUGACACUCUCCAGGGAGCCCGGAUGGCUGGAGGGUGUGCUGGAGGGAAAGCGAGGACUCAUCCCUGAAAACUAUGUGCAGAUACUGUAACUCCGAAAAGAACUAUCCUCACACUUCUUUUUAUAUUCAUGGUAUCCAUGGUAUCAGCGGCUCUUUCACAGUGGCACUGCCUGUCGUUCCUCCUCCUUCACCACACUAAAGACAUUGAGAGCGAAUAUAUAUGCUGUAUCCAAAAACACAGAUGUUUCUAGCACAAGAAUUAAGUUCAAGUGUAAGCUAAAAUAUGCUGUAUACAUACAAGAAACUGCACUUUUUUACAGUUUGGAAAUGUAAAUAUGUGUGGGAAAAUAUGCAUCCGUCAUUGUGACUUUUUUGUCCUCUUUUUUUUGUUUUGUUCGUGUUUUUAAAUCGCAUGCCUCGCAAUUUUACCCAAGUAGUUUAAGUUGUUUAGCAUUAGUACCCUCAAUACUCAAAGAUGCAUUGAGAAUCUUUGAAUUACAGAUUAUCAAGUUGCACUUAAUUGAGCAUGUGAUGAUUCAUAAUAGUAAACAUGAGGAAGCGUGCAACAAUAUGACAGUGCAGUGAACGUUGUCAAUUUGGAGAAAAAGUUGUGUCUCUUGGUUCAUUGGAAUAUUAGAUCGCUUAGAAAUGUAGUGCUUGUCAGUUAUUGAUAUUGAAAUUGAGUAUGCAAUUUAUUUAUGUUUUGCAUUGAUUGAAACUGAUGCAGUGCCUUAAAUUUAUUACGCAUGGCAUGUGAGACGCUGUUCAGUAAUUUGAACAGUUUUUUUUUUUUUUUUGCUACUCUGUAUAUAGGUUUUAAUGUUGUGUUGGAGAACAGAGACAGAUGAAUAAAAAGUAGCCCAUACAAAGACAUAACAUUUUAUAUUGCCAAGUCUUACAUCUGUGUUGUAUACAUACGUUUUGCACAAAAAUAAUUCUAAGUCACAAGUUUUCCCUCUUUAAGCGAUUAAAAGUUAACCAAAUUCUUAAAAAAAUGGCAGACUUCACUGAUGUUUAAUGAGCACGUUUUCAUUUUUCUAAGAGCUCUUGUUCCACAGGUUCAUAUUUGUGACUGAGCGUUUCUGCAGUUAUUUAAGACAGUGAUUUAUGACCUCCGCAAAUGUCUUGCCGUUGUUUAAGUUUUUUUUUUUUUUUUUUUUUUUUUUUUGAUGCUGAACCUCUUGUUGAUCAAUGUUAAAUAAAUAAAGUAUUUUAUUCUUACAUCUUGCUUUUCAUUUUUAUUUAUAUGCCAAACUAAAUGUCUAUAAUUAAUGGAAGCCAUAUGCUGUAGGGCUCUGUAGACACCCUAAUGUGCUUACUGGGAAAUACUAAAACUACAACAUUUGUGAUAUGAGGGUUGUUUAAUGAAAAAUUGUAUAAGAUUGUGUGUCAUUUUCUUAAUGUCAAUUAGCUUAAUUGUGUGGUUGUGCUCCCAUCAAGGUCAAAAAGAGACUAUUCCUUAAGGCUUCUGCUGAAGAACUUCAGCUUGUCUGAUAAAUUCAAAACUGCAUUACCAGGUUAGAUUAACCCCUAUACAAUAGCCACUUUCACACAUGAAACCCGUUAAAUUGCUGGCUAUCUUUAGCAAUGGCUUUCCGUUAUAUAUCUGUAUAAUUGCAUUCAUACAUCCACACCGAAAUGCCAUUUAAAAACUCGCUGAUGCCAUUUUCUAGAAAUCCAUACAAAAAACAAGCUCUUUUAUUUAAGGUUCGUUAUUUUUUCAUUACCACAUUAAUUUUAGUUUUUGUUCCAUUUAAUGACAUUUCUUUCCACAUUGUAAACAACAACAAUGUUUUUUGACUCCUGAAUUACAUUCUUUAGAGCUUUGUGAUUGACUCAAACUCAUAGUAAGCAUUUUGAUGGUUUAUUGUAAUUUUAUUGCCUGGACACACAUUUUGUUACUGCCACCUGUCAUCAAGUGAGAAUUUCUAAUAAUAUUCACAAAUUUCUGUUGUAUGUAAAUGAUCUGUUAUCUAUUGCAUACAUUGCAUUUAGAGCAUACUUGCCUAUUCUUUCCCACACAUUUCUAGCCCUGGAGCUGCUCUGCAACUUUCCAUUGAACUUCUCCCCCUUUAAGUGGAUUAAAUCUUAAUUUCCUAGCAGAUUUGGACUGCCUCCUCAUAUACUGGACUUGAACUGGAGCAUACGGCAGUUUAGGUCCUUACCAUACACUGGAUUGAGUGCUUAAAAACUAUCGAUUUGCAUUAAAAUAGACCAUUUUGUUGGACCCACAGUGCACGGUUAGCACACACUGCAUUUGGAGCAACUGGGUCUGGUUUAGAUUAUUUCCUGUUUUGUGUUCCUGUUUCCUUUCAUGACCCCAUUAUACACAUGAAAUGCGCCCAUUUCUUGCAGCAUGACUGCAGAUUGUUCAACUACGCUUAAAGGGAUUUUCGUGGUUCAUGAUCCCGUCAACAUAAAACGUCAUUCGCAACCCAUUUUACUUCAGUAAUGUGAUAUAUUUCUAAGUUAAAUGGGCUAAUUAAAGGGAUAGUUUAACCAAAAAUAAAAUGCUGUUCCAAAUCUGUGCUGACUAUAGAGCACAAAAGAUAUUUUGACUGUGUCUGUGUUUUGCUCAUACAAGGAAACUCAGUGAGGUCUAAAACAGCAGUGGACCCAAUUAACUUUGAAUGUAUGCAAAAAAAAAAAAAA